GGACCGGUAGUCGAAGGGAUCAAAUUAAACAUUCUGACGUCUCGAGCCAAGAUUUACAGCUCUCGAAAGUAGACUUCGCUUUGGGUAUAUUCAAGAGAGGGGGAGUUUUAACUUUGACAGAAGAGAACAAUACUUUGGAUUUAAGCCCAAUGAUGACAUCGUGUGCGGACCCAACAUUUUCCCAUCCAAGCCGUGACCUUCCAUACCACCCAGCCUAUGUCAACCCAGAACUAGGAAUUGUCACUGGACCGUAUCCAGACGUUGAAGACCUUAUGGAUUUUAAUCCAGAUCUAUCUUUCUUGUUGUCCAUGGAUCAAUUGUGUGAACCAAGUCCCCAGAAUGGGCAUUGCUCUGAUGACAUGUCUUCUUGUGACUCCGAUAGAGAUGUUAUUGGUGCAAGUGAUGAUAAUAUUAGUGACGACAGUUCUUUGACUGAUGCUGUCAUGGAUAUGCUUUUAGAAAAUCGCCCUCCACCACCGCCCUACGAAUCUUCACAGAACAACUACAUCAGUACAACUUUCUCUUGCGUUGCCACCAACACCUUAACGAAUACCAAAUUCAACUACAGUCAAGCAAAAAUGCCUGAAACUAGACAUGAAAAUAAGACAGACGUUGACAAAGUCAAUACUGACAUCAAAAUAAAGCAAGAACCUCUUUCACCCGAAAGUGAAACUUGUGAAAGCAGAAGAGGGCGUCCGUCCCGUAACUGUUCCUCGACUUACGGUGCGCAGAACUUCGAGUCAAAACCAAAUAAAAAGGUCCACAAACCAAGAGUCAAGAAAACCAUUCACUUGUGGGAAUUUCUGGAAGAGAUUGUUGACAACAAGGCAUACAGCCCAAAGUACAUCACGUGGGUAUCACGUGAAGAAGGCGUGUUUCGCCUUGUAGAUUCAAAAGCAGUGGCCAAACUCUGGGGUCAAAGGAAGAACCGCCAUGACAUGACCUACGAGAAGAUGAGCCGUGCUAUUCGUUAUUACUAUGAGCGAGGAAUAAUCAGACAUGUCAUAGGACAAAAGCUCAUCUACCAGUUUGGGGAUGAAAUCAACGAAAAAAGAAGAGACAAGGCAACGCCGAAAAUCUUGCCAAACGUAGACGACAAAAGUCAAGUUGGCUCUUAGAAUUUCUAGGCGUACCCACGAGGUGAAUCGAUUGAAUGGUUUGUAAAAUAGGAAACAGGGUUUCAAGGAAAAGAAAUGAAAUGAUUUUCGUGUCAUUGAUAUUUUAGUGGAACAACUAUGAAAUUUGUACAAAGACUGGUUAGAAUGCAUACACCUUGUCCCCAAACCCUCCUCCAACUAAUUUGACCUAGUCCAGUCAAGGAGGCAAUGGGGUCAUGGCUGACAUACACGUGCAGAAACUAGUGUAUCAAAAAAAUUCAAUAACGACAAAAACUUGCAAAACAAACUCAAAGGUUUAUAUGGCUGGCAGAUAGUAUUUUCUUAAAAGGGCCACCUAAUUUUAUAAAACUUGGCCUUUUUUGUCAUAGUUCAAUAUAGGUUUUUCAUUGUUAGAAGUAUAUUUUGUCAGUACUGAAUUGUAUAUAUUUUUUAUAAACUAAGUUACUUUUUUUGUCUUUUGAUUUUUGAGCUGAUUAGCUUAAUAUAUUGCUUGACAUUCAUUUUCCUGAUGAAGGGAUCUUUUCGAUAUUAUUCCAAGAAAAGUAAAGGAAAAGUGGAAGAUAGAAAAAGAGAAUGAGAAAUGAUCAAAACAAUGGAAUAAGUUGCCUCUUUUCGCUUCCUUUACGCAUUACCUACGCGUACGUAGACCGGCUAUUGAAUGCUGUGACUUUGGUAAAAUAUGAAAAAUGGAAAGGAAGUGACAGAAAGGAAAAAGAAAUAGCCAAAAUGGCCUUACACUUUUACAUUUGCUUGCUAUACAAAAUUACGUUUUCUACGCUUCUCAUAUCCAACUGAAUUAUGUUAUAUUAUUUUCAUAAAAUUUAUUAUUUACCGAGUAAGUGUCGUUCUACGGAUUAUUGACUGUAUUAUACCAGUCUUCUAUAACAAUGUCAGUUUAUGGUAUCUAUCUGUCCGGUAUAAGGACUUUGAAUAUCCAUAUAGCAACAAAUCCAUACAUCCAUGGAAUGUUAGUCAUUCCUUGGUUGAGGGGUAAACUGGGUCGAGUUGGCCUCGCAGUGUAUUGUGGGACUGUUUGAGGGGACGACAAUUGAAAUAGAUGCCUUCUUGGAAAUAUGUCCCCUUAAACAGUCCCAGAAUGCAAUGCAAUGCCAAAUCGACCCACUCUUCCUCAUACACACUGGCUAAUACACUACAUUAGUCGCAAUCAUGAAAUGUGAAUAUGCUUUGGAAAUAUUGUUAACAACAGACCCCUUGCAGCACUUUGGAUUGCAGCUCGAUCUGAGGGACAAAAAAAUAGGCUCCAAUUCUCAUGAGAUUAGAAUUCUUUUCUUUUGUCCCCCAGAUCUGGAGCUGCUUUGACGUCACAUGCAAGGGGUGUAUAGCUUCUAUAUGUACUGGCUAUUAUGUAGAUUGGAAGGGAGAGUUGUCCAGUUUAUCAAUAGUAUCAGGGAAUGCUUGCUUCACAAAGGUUAUCCCUAUAGCAAUUACAUGGAUACUGACUUUGAAAAAGUUAGAUUUUCUGUAGAAUAUGAUCUAAAGUUGUCGCCAUUAUAAAUAAACCUUUGAUGACUUUUUUUUUCGCGACAAAGUAGACUUCAGUGGACGUCAAUCAAAGUGUUUCCAUGACUUUCUCGGGAAACGCAAAAAAAAAGGGCGUGCCUAACGGUUGUCAUGGAAACACUUUGAUGGACGUACACCAAAAUCUACUUUGUGGUGACAGCAAAACGUAUGAUUCCGCGUGUGAUUUUGAUAGAGUUAUUUAAGCCAAAGCAAUGAUUUUGUUUAUUUUAGUACUUUAGAUUUUAGAUAGAUUUUUUUAUAAUAUUGUCAGAAAGUAAGAAUCUUGUAGAUAUUAAAUAAAAACGUUUGCAAACUCUA